GCCGCCAUCUCCUUGUACCGAGCAACACAAGGGUCAGUACACACUUUAUUGUAGAAAAUAGUAUCGAUUUUCCGUUAACAAGUUUUACAUGAUACGGUGUAUAUAUAUAUAUAUUAUAUAUAUAUAUAGUGGAUACGGUAUGACGGGAGAGACGUAUUAAAGAGAGUCAUUGUCAGUUGAUACACUAAUAAGUACAUGUCUCUUGGAGCAACAUGGAUCGCUAAGUUUCGCUAGCUACCUAGCAUAGCACCUAGCAUAGCUUGUGUUGAGCUGUAGUUACUACAGCAGGGAAGCUUCAGAACAGAUAUUUACUACAUGUCUCACCGAAAUGGCUAGCUUUAAGUAGGCCUAUGAAGGAGCGUUACCAGGACUCAGGUCGCCGCUUGUGCCGUGCCAACACGCCAAGCAGUUGCACUUUGGUUCGGAUGUUCCGCGAUCUUCUGGGCCCCAAUGUGGCUGUGCGGAGGUUCAGAGCAGCGGACAGGCUAAAGACUGAGUGCUCCGUGACCCUGACCUGAGCUCACACGCCGACGGAUAGGGGGGGAGACCGAGACUGACGUGCCCUGAUUUUACAGGAACCUGAUAACCACCCUGUUGCCAUGUCGACCUCAUCGCUAAGGCGACAAGUGAAGAACAUCGUUCACAAUUACUCUGAAGCAGAGAUAAAAGUCAGAGAAGCAACUUCCAAUGACCCUUGGGGUCCUUCUAGUUCUCUCAUGUCAGAGAUUGCAGACCUGACAUACAAUGUAGUGGCGUUCUCAGAGAUUAUGAGCAUGGUGUGGAAGAGACUUAACGACCAUGGCAAGAACUGGAGGCAUGUGUAUAAGGCUAUGACUCUUAUGGAGUAUCUGAUAAAGACGGGUUCAGAAAGAGUGGCACAGCAGUGCAGGGAAAACAUCUAUGCUGUCCAGACACUUAAAGACUUUCAGUACAUAGACAGGGAUGGCAAGGACCAGGGUGUGAAUGUGCGAGAAAAGGCCAAACAGCUGGUGACUCUUCUGAAAGACGAGGAGAGACUACGAGACCAGCGGAUCCAUGCACUCAAGACCAAAGAGAAGAUGGCACAAACGUCCAGUGCGUCUUCGGCUCCCUCGGCUCCUGCUUUAGGAGGACUGCACUCGGGUACGGACUCUGACCAGGCGUGGCCUCAGAGUUCGGGGGAGGAGGACCUGCAGCUGCAGCUAGCACUGGCCAUGAGCAAAGAGGAGGCAGAGCAGACUAGUGCUGACCCGCUGGAGGAUGCCGAGCUCCACUACGCACUCACUCUCAGCAAGGAGGCUCACCAAGAGGAGGAGCGUCUUCGCAGGGGAGAUGACCUGAGACUGCAGAUGGCCAUUGAGGAGAGCAAGCGGGAGAAAGCCAAACCAGAGGAGUCCUCUCUGAUGGAGCUGAGUGCCGUGGACCCAUGGGGUGCUCCAGCAGCUCCUAGUUCCUCUGGCUCCUCUCCGCCUCCAUCAGUCACCCCAGCCCCUGCUGCUGGUCCCUGGGGGCCCACCGACCCCUGGGGGGCUGCUUCGCCUGCCUCCCCUCCCAGCGCUGACCCCUGGGGUGGCGGGCCACCAACGAUGGCACCCCCAGCAGACCCGUGGGGUGACUCCUCCAGAACAAACUCUGACCCCUGGACCUCGACAGCUGUAACCCCCCCUAGUGCAGACCCCUGGGCCCCCUCAGUAGCCCCCUCCUCACUACCAGGGCCGUCUGAUCCGUGGACUGGAGAUGGGGUGGCCCCUGCCACUGAUUCCCUGACCUCUGACCCCUGGAGUGGCUCCACUAAACACACUAAUGGCACAGGAGAUCCAGAGAGGCACAGCUCUGCAGUAACAGGCAGUGACGGAGGAUGUGAAGGCAGCACAGGGUCUCCUGUGCCCUUUGACCUCUCAUCGCUUGGGUCCUCCCUGCCUGUUCGGAAAACGCCGGAGUCGUUUCUGGGGCCCAAUGCAGCACUGGUGGAUCUCGACUCAUUAGUGUCAUCAAAACCCAAACCCAAACAGACCCCUCCCACCAUGGCUGCCUCUCACAACCCUUUCCUUCAAACACAGGGCUCUUCCCCUGCACCAGGUAUGGCAGUUACUCCAGGCAGCACUAUUUCCAGCAGGGGAGUGUCUCCAACGCCACCUCCGUCUUCUAACCCCUUUGGCGUGACCCCAAUGGCCUCCAUUUCUCCCCAGCCCUCCUCGCUUGGUCUAAGCCAGUUACGUACCAGUCCUGUUCCACCCAAUCCUAUGCUGGGCCACAUGCCUCCUCCAGCACUAGGGAUGGUUCAGCCAGCGAUGGGCAUGCCAGGAAUGGGAGUCCCUAUGGCAGCCCCUGCCAUGGGCAUAGGAAUGGUACAGUCCAGCCCAAUGGGAAUGCCUUUCAGUGGAAUUUCCCCCAUGGGCCCUGCCGGAAACUCCCUUAUGAUGGGCCCAGGGAGCACCAGUCAGCCUGCAUUGGUGAUGGGCGGGCCAACAGGAGUAGGCGGGGGAAUGGGCACUGGAGGAUCUGUGGGAGGGGGUGGAUCUUCGGGUGCAAGCACCAAUCCUUUUCUUCUUUGAGAGAUUUCAACACCACUUUGACCUUUACACUUGACAAAUCUGCCCCAAACACAUUUUGUGUUUAAAAAGUGUGUGUACAUCACUGCAUUUAA